AUGCCUUUAGUCGAGGCAAAGGACAUGGAGGACAUAGAAGACAAGGCGCCUCGUGCACAGGCACCUUCGACUCUUGGUGGUGGAGAGUCAAACAUUCCCGAUACCGAUGUGAAUGUGCCACAAAUUGCCCCACUUGCGAAGUAUAAAUUGGUAUUUUUGGGUGAUCAAGGUGUUGGCAAGACAUCCAUGAUCACACGGUUCAUGUACGAUACAUUCGAUAAUGCGUAUCAAGCCACAAUCGGCAUCGACUUUUUAUCCAAGACGAUGUAUAUGGAGGAUCGGACUGUGCGACUCCAGCUCUGGGAUACAGCUGGUCAAGAACGAUUUCGAAGUCUUAUCCCUAGUUAUAUUCGUGACUCAUCGGUGGCUGUUGUAGUUUAUGACAUCACAAAUCGCGCGUCGUUCUUAAACACGAGCAAGUGGAUUGAAGAUGUUCGCACAGAACGAGGACAAGAUGUGGUGGUCAUGUUAGUAGGAAACAAAACAGACAUUUCAGACCGACGUCAAGUUUCGAUUGAAGAAGGCUCUGAUAAAGCUAAGGAGGAGAAUGUGAUGUAUAUUGAGACAAGCGCUAAGGCUGGUUAUAAUAUCAAAGCGCUCUUUCGCAAACUAGCAACUGUACUACCUGGCAUGGAAAAUACGAUGAUCACCGGAGAUUCAAAUCUUAUUGAUAUCAAGCUGACUGCUGCUCCACCUCCAAAGGAGCAUACUGCAGAGCAAUGUAAUUGCUGA